AUGGCUGUUCUGCAAUGUUUGAAGGUGGCCAAAAUUCCACCCACAUUUAAAGAGUUGGCACAGAUGAUCCUUGAAAUGAUUGUGAAGAUAAUGUUGUUAUACAAAAGCAACAGAGUAGAUUUCGUCACAGAUAGAUAUUCUGAUCUUAGUAUCAAGAACUGUGAGAGAAAUAGAAGAGCAGCAGCUGGAUAUCAGCGCAUUGAGAUAUUCAGUGGUGAUCAGAAGACACCUACGCAGUGGAAGAAAUUCUUGAAUUGUGGUUCAAACAAAGAAGCACUUGUUGAAUUCUUGUUCAAGUCCUGGUGCCAAGCAAUCCUUUCCAUUACCACUCUUGAAGUUCAUUUGUUCAUGGCGAUUUGUGUCAUCAUUUAUGUUUUGGCAACCGGACACUUCCAACAGUACGUCCCAUUCCAGAGCUGACCUGCAGUCACGAGGAAGCAGACACACUGUUGCUUCUCCACGCACAUCAUGCUGCUGUAUCUGGAUGGUCAGACGUAAUUAUUAGGAGCCCAGACACAGAUGUUGCAAUCAUCAGCUUGCCAAUGCAAGAAUCCUGUCAGGCAAACUUAUUCUUUGCUACAGGCAAUAAAGAUCAGGAACGCAUUCUUGACAUACGCUGCAUGGUUGAGCAAGUUGGUCCUACUCUUUGUGCAUCAUUAAUUGGCCUCCAUGCCUUCACAGGUUGUGACUCUACCAGUUCCUUUCACGGGAAAGGCAAGCCUACUUUCUUCCAUCUUGUGAAGGAAAACGACCGGUAUGUAAUGGCAUUGACGCAAUCCUUCAACACCGAGAGAGCUUAUCACUCUGUUGGAAGCACUA